AUGGCCCCAGAUUGCCCUGCCAAUCCUGCCUUCGGUAAAGGCGUGACUACUUGCAACUUUGCAAGAGGCGAAUGCGGCGCUUUCAAGGAGAACUCGGACUCCAUGAUCAAGUACGAGAAGAACGGGGCCAAGUUCACCAUCAAGAAAGAGACAAACGCUCCUACUAUUGCCACUGGAAAGUACAUCUUCUUCGGUCGAGUCGAUGUCGAGUUGCAGGCUGCCCCUGGACAAGGUAUCGUGACGGCUGUAGUUUUACAGUCUGAUACUCUUGAUGAGAUUGACUGGGAAUGGCUUGGCGGUGAUAUCACCCAGGUGCAGUCCAACUACUUCUCCAAGGGCGACACAACUACCUACGAUCGGGGUGACUUCCAUACUGUCUUCGAACCCCAGGCGGCAGUCCACAAGUACUCGAUCGAAUGGAAUAAGAACGCUGUUGAAUGGAUCAUCGACGGCAAGGUUGUCCGCACCCUCAAAGCAGCUGAAGUCAAGGGCUUCCCUGAAUCUCCCAUGCAGAUCAAGCUGGGCACAUGGUGUGCUGGCGGUAGCCAGACCGAACUGGGAACUCUCCAGUGGUCAGGAGGCUUUACUGAUUUCUCCAAAGCUCCUUUUGAUGCUUACUACAAGAGUGUCACUAUUGUUGAUUACGCUGGCGGCAAUGGCCCAGCUAUCAAGGGCGUCAAAGAAUACGUCUACGGUGACAAGUCUGGCAGCGCGGAUAGCAUCGAGAUCAAGUAUGGCUCUAGCUCCGACGAGGAUGACAAGAAGACUUCCAAGGAAGAUAAGCCCAAGCCUACCGGUACCUUGCCAUUGACUGGCGAGUCUACCGCGGAAGAGAAAGGCACUUCAGACGAGAAGAGCAAAUCCGCGCCUACUGGUUCCUCAACAGAGACCGGCACAUCUAGGGACCAGGACGAUCAGACACCACCUACAGUUUCCAAGCCCAAUGAUGGUCUCGUCAAACUGAAUUUCACUGCCACACCCAUCGGGAUUCCGACCCCUGACAGCACUGGCUCUUUCGGGGGUGAUGCUCCGCAUUCGGCAGCUUCUAGGGGUACCUUUCAGGGCGGAUUGAUCGCUGGAAUUCUGUUGGUCGUUGUCUUGGCCAUAUAA